AUGGUCAAAUCUUCAGAUGAUAUUGUCAAACCCAAAACCAAGCGAGGCAAACGAGCCUUGGAACAACGAGAAGCUAAAAUCAAUGAAAAUGCAAAGAAAGCUUUAUUUCUACGCGGUACAAAAACAAGUGAAGUCGUCUCGCAAGCCAUGAAAGAUUGGUUACAACUGAAAAAACCCUUUGCUAUAUCUUAUCAAAAGAGAAAUGAAAUUAGACCUUUUGAAGACCAAACAUCUCUGGAAUUCUUCUCCAAAAAGUCAGACGCUUCAUUAUUCGUAUUUGGUAAUCAUACUAAAAAACGCCCGCAUAAUUUAAUCUUAGGAAGAAUGUAUGAUUACCACCUAUUAGACAUGUUUGAAUUGGGCAUUACACAGUUUCAAGCUCUGCGAAAUUUUAAGGGUAUUAAGUCAACCCUUGGAUGCAAACCAUGCUUAAUUUUUGCUGGUGAAGCUUUUGAAACUCAAACUGAUUAUAUACGUCUUAAACAUAUGCUUCUUGACUUUUUUCGAGGCCCAAAGGUUGACAAUAUUCGGUUAAAUGGUUUAGAACACGUUAUUCACAUCACAGCUUUGAAGGAAAAGAUUCUGUUUCGAUGUUAUAAAGUUUUGCUUAAAAAGUCAGGUACUAAGACACCGCGUGUCGAAUUACAAGAAAUGGGACCUAGCAUCGAUUUUGAACUUAGAAGAACAAAAUUAGGUUCAGAAGAACUACUAAAGGAAGCCAGAAAAGUACCCAGAGUCCUAAAGCCGAAAAAAGAGAAAAAUAUUUCUCAUGAUACAUUUGGAGCGAAACUUGGCCGUGUACAUAUCCAAUCACAAAAUUUAAGUUCUAUUCAAACUCGUAAAAUGAAGGCAUUAAAGCGUAAGAAAGAAAAGGAUGUUGCUAGUGUAGACGCAAAGAAGGCCAAAAGUGCAGCAACAGAAUGA